CGAACUUUUUGUUUAAUAAUUCGCAUCUGUCCGUUACUUUUGCGGAACAAAAUUUCCUUCGCUUCUUCUCUCUCUCCAGGGGUUUUGAAGUUUUGCUCUACUCAUUCCAGCUCGAAUCAAAAUUAGGGAUUUUUGGAUAUUGUUUAUCCAAGGUAAGAAUCCUUUCUAAUGGCGGACGGCGAAGAAUUGUAUCUUGAGAAACAGCUGGAGUUGCAGUUAGACGAACAAAAGGAAUCACUGACAGCUAUAAAUGAAGCCCUAGUUUUAGAUUCAACAAAUACUGAGCUUCUUUCUGUUCACGAGGAGCUUGUCCUGGCGAUCAAGGAUGCGGAGGAAGGAAUUUUUCAUUUAAAACGCUCACGAUUGUGGCAAGAAGCCGAUGUAAUGCUUUCACAAUCCGGUUGUAAGGAUUCCCAGGUGGAACCUCUUAAUUGCACAAGCAGCACUGAGGUGCAACCAUUGGAAGCAAACAUUUACUCAGUUGGAUCAACAUGUAGAUUCCGACACACUGACGGGCGUUGGUACCACGGACGCGUAGUUGAUAAGGAUGGGUCUAGUUCUGCAAAGGUCACAUUCCUUACACCAACGUCUGACAACAUGUUGGUCUGCAAGUUCUUUCUACAACAGCGAUGUCGAUUUGGUAGUAACUGCCGCAUGUCUCAUGGAUUUGAUGUUCCUAUAUCUUCGCUGAAGCAUUACGUUCCAACAAAAUGGCAGAACUCAUUGGCAGGUUCCAGCAUAUGGGCCAUCUCAGACAUCAAUUCUGGCAUCUGGAGGAGGGCAGAACUUGAAUCGUGGGAUGAAAAUCUUGGAAUAGGUCGUGUCGUUUUUCUUAAUGAUGGAAGUUCUGCGAAUCUUGGGAGUGAAGACAUUUCAUUAUCCGAAUAUGCUCAAAUGAGCGACGAGGACAAACAAAAUCAGUUUAGUUCCGAGGAAUACGAUUCAAGUGGCAACGAAGAAGAAGAAGAAUUCCCUCAAGGUAUAGGAUUUAUGGAAGCUACCAUGUUACAACGUGGAAUUCAGACGGAUACUGCUGUAUUUGCUAACUGGGAGCAUCACACACGAGGGAUAGCUUCCAAGAUGAUGGCCAGCAUGGGUUACCGUGAAGGAAUGGGAUUAGGUGCAUCUGGCCAAGGUAUUCUUGACCCUGUGUCAGUAAAAGUCCUUAAACCAAAGCAAUCACUUGAUCAUGCAUUUGAAUCUCGUGAAAAUGGAGAAGGUAAUAAUAAAAAUGGUAAUGAAAAUCAUGUGAAAAAACGUGGUAGAGGUGGAAAGAGAAAGCGUGAUAAGAAAUUUGCAGCUGCAGCACGUGCAGCAAAAACUGCAGAUGAGUUAACAUCACCAGAUGUCUUCAGUUUCAUCAAUGGUCAGCUAGCCUCACAGGGAAAGAUCCAACAGUGCAAAAGCUUGAGGGAAGAGAAGAAGCAAGACAGGAGAUCCUUAGUUGCUUAUGAUAAUGACAUAAAAGAACUGAGAAUCCAGGUUGACAAAUUGGAAGAAAUGGUGAAUCGAAACCGUAAAGAGAAGGCAGUUUUUGAAGCUUUCUCAAGGAAAUUGAGUGAGACCCGCAAGGCAUUGGCUGAUGCAGAGGCGGCCCAGGCAUCAGCAUCCAAUGCAGUUGUCAGCAAAGAAAAAGAAAAGAGGUGGCUCAAAUUUUGAUAAGAGUUCCUAUUUCUCUUCUUUCUCCUGCUCGUAAAUCAAAGUUCAUAGGUAUUAUUUCAUAAAGCUUCAUUGAUUCAAUAUUCCUUUGUUGUAUCAGAGAGAAAAAGAAAAAAAGGAAUGGCUAGGCAUGUAGCUUUGAGAUGCUAAUGUAUUUAUUGGGAGGAUCUAUUAGACGACUUUAAUGGUUAUUAAAUUUAUGCUCGAAACUAUUUUUUUGGGCUUUUAUUAUCUAUAGUACUAUCAUGUUCAGUUUUAUGUUGAACUAGGUAUCACCGGGGCUCAACCUUUUCGGUUGUUUUGUGCUGUGUGAUUUGCUUUUUAGGCUUAUAGUUUGUUUUGUAACUUCAAAUUUCUAAUAAGAUGCUUAAUUAAUAUGCAA